AUGGUAGUCCCUAAAGCUAAAGUGCCGGAUGUUCUACAGCUGUACCGUAAUGUUUGUUCAGGAGGCCAUCUGGGAAUUAAAAGAACUCUACUAAAGAUCCAAGAACGGUUUUACUGGGUCCACUGUCGUGACGAUUUCGAGGACUGGUGUCGCAAAUGUACAAGUUGUGCGAAUUUAAAGCGACCUCAGACUCGUAGUAGAGGUGCAUUGAAAUUGUAUAAUGUUGGGUCACCAUGGGAGAGGAUAGCCCUUGACGUUGCGGGGCCGUUUCCGGAAAGUGAAAGUGGUAACAAGUAUUUUAUGGUUGUGGUGGAUUACUUCACUAAGUGGCCAGAAAUCUUCGCUAUUCCAAAUCAAAAAGAUUCAACUGUUGCAGAUAAACUAGUUUAUGAAGUUUUCUGUCGUUUUGAGUACCUUUAG